AUGUGCAAACACACGAGGUGAUCACUUCCACAACUGCUCUGUUUCUUUAAGAGACCUCGGUUGUUAAGUUGAAAGAUCACUGGACCAUAGGAGGGUCAAUAAAAGAAUAAAGUCACUGGUUAGUGAUUUGAGUACAAGGAACUUGAUCCUAGUUCAUAUCUGAGUGUCCAUAUGCUGCUCACUGUCGGAGGGGGAGUGUUGGGCCCGCAGCUGCUCGCACUGCCUGGAGAUGGCUUCCGGAAGACUCAUCAAGUUCCUGGUGUUCGAGCUUCUUGAGUUUGCUGCUUUCUCCAUCCCCACGCUCGUGAUUGUGGAACAGUUCGCCACUGCCUAUCAAAGGUCAAGGAAUACAGGAGAAAAAACUCAUUAUUGGCUGAUCGUUUCCUGUUCAAUUGCCUAUGUGGCUUCAGUGAGUCUAUUGAUUUGGGUUCCCAUAAAAGUUCUCUUAUACAAGAAACAUCAUCUUUCAAAAAAAAUUAAAGGAUGGAGACCUGUUAUGAUGAUGUGUGUAGUGCUCACCACACUCCCCAGUUUCAGCUUUUCUAUAGCAGUGACGGAGGUUCAAAAGAAUGUUAACGGUUCUGCUAAUAGCUUGCCGGACACCUUGCCUGACCUACCAGUCUCUCUGGUUCUGACUUCCUUGAUCGUGGUUGACAUCAUUGAAAAACUCAGGACAUACCCUCUUAGAGGGAGGCAAAAAAGUAAUGAAGAUACGCACAUCCGUGCCACCACGUUGCAACGCAUAAGAACCGUGACGGAUCAAGAGAAGCCAAACGAAGGAAGCCCUGCGCCUCCCCAGCCAGCGCCGAGGACCACGGCCCCGGCCCCGGCAGCCGCAGCGCGGAGCCCGGCCCCUGCAGAGGCCGGAGCCCAGGAGCCCGCCUUCCAGUCCCCGGUCCUGAGAGCCCUGUCCCAGCGGGACGCUCGCGCGGAGAUUUUCCUGUGGAGCUUUGUGCUCUGGUCUGACACCAUCGAGAUGGUGCGUGUGGCCGGCCACCAAGCUGUGUACAAGUCCGCCUGGCUCUACCCAGUCUACCUGUUCAGUUUCAUCUCGCUCCUUCGCAUUAUAUUCACGCCCCAGAACGCCCUGCUGAAUUCCCUGGGCGUCCUGCUCCAGGACUUACCCUUCAUUUUUGUCAGACUUGGCUUAAUCAUUGACCUGGGCACGAUCACGCCCGUGUUGGGCCUCUGCAAGAAUGUGCUGGUGACCCUCUCUUACGGUUACUUCCGCUACUUAACCAAACUCAGGGUUUUCUCCUCCUUUGAACUGUCUUCAUUUUAAAAAGAAGCUGUACUAUAGUGAAGCCGCUUUAUUAUGCAUGUGGACACAUUUGUGAUCUUAUUCUUUUCUGGGGUAUAUGUUUUUGCACUAUGUAAAGAAAUGAAACUAGAUCAUAGAAAAUAAGCUAUUUUUUUUUUAAAUGGUACCAUCAGGUUUUUUAAAUGUGUAUAAAUGGUGCUAAAUUUAAGUAAGUUUAUGUCCUUAUAAGUUGACUCCAUCUCUAGAAAAUAGUAGUUAAUUGUAGUUAGUUUUGUGUACUGCACCUUCCUUAAAACACCCUUCAAUAAAGCCUGUAAACCAAAUGAGAACACGUUUCCCCACUAAAUUCAAGAGUGAGAUUUUUCUUAUUUAAUUAAUCAUAUUAUAUUAAAUAUCACUACAGGAAUUAAAUAAUUAAAAUUAAUUUCUAGAAAAUACACCUGGAGUUCUUGAAUAAUUUUUAGGUUAUACUUUUUAAAAAUCUGAAUUGUAGUUUUAGGGUCUCCUUCAAACAUGGAAUUAUGUUCUUCAUCCUACUUUGAUAAGUGUAUUUUAUGUAAUUAAUUGAUUUCAGCAGAGAAAGCAAUUCUGUUUAACAGAUAUUUGUCUCACUUUAAGGCUUAGCUUUUUUUAUAAGUACUAAAGUACUAACAUUAAGAUUGUUUAAUAUAGUAAAUUCAAGGUACAUCAGCAAUACCUAGGUAAAAUUUUAUAAUAGGAAGCCAUAAAUUUGAGAUGUAGAUAUCAAAGCAAAAGAAUAUUUUGGGGAAUUUGAUACCAUCAUAAAAAUAAUCACGUACAAGCCCCGUUUAAAAUUAGAGUUCAACUUACAAAUGCACUAGUUAGUGUCUUACGUGGUUAUUAUAUAAAACGCAUAGCUUGAUGUAAAUAAUUAGAUACAUAAUUAUGCAAUUUGCCUUCACUAUGUUGGGACACUCUUGAAUAUUCAUAGUAGGGGCUCUUCAUUUUAUAUGAAUUUUCUGGUGCUAGAAGGAUUUGCAGAGUCUUAUGUGUGCAGAAUGUUUUACAGAACCAGGCUCUUCAACAAUCUGUGGGAACAAAUAGCUUAAAAGUGUAAAACUGAACUUGCGUGCCUCCCCUUACUCUCCACCAAUGUCCCCAACUCACUGUUCUGUGCUUUCUGGUUUCCCCUCACAUUGUCAGGCCUAUUUGCAGCUGUUAAAAGCUUAGCUUCUGGCUUUGACUUUGGGCAAGUUCUUUGACCACUGUAAGCCCUAGUUUCCACAUCUAAAAGCUGAGCAAUGGCGGGAGUGGAGGGGGAUGGGAGCGUGUGAUAGAGGGAUAGAGGGGAUAAAAGGUGAUGGGAAGCAUAAAAUAGAAUUUGUGGAAAGUACUUUAAUAGGGUUGAGAGGAUUAAAUGAGGGAAGGAAUGUUUUCAUCACAUUGUCUGGCAAAGAAUAGUAACUCAAUGACUGUUAAAAUAUUUUAAUUGUACCAAACAAAAGAGAGACAGGUAGCUAAAUGCAUUAUUUUAAUUUCCCUUUUGCAUUCUUUUCUGCAUCUCUGCUUACCCUCAAAAAUAAUAAUUUAAACCAUGCACUUAUGAAAAAUAAUACGUAAGUCUUAAGUAUACUUGAAGUAAUUUUUUAUCAAGUAGUAGUAUGUUCAGAAGUGAGAAAUGUACUGAAUAUGCAGAUGAAAGUUGAUGUGAGUAUUUAUUAAUUAGGCAUUUGAGUAUCUCCUAUGAGUUCUCAUAGAACCCUGUUAUCCACUUUAAGGCUUUCACUGUAUUUUCACUUUUCUGAGUUAUCCAUUAAUUUUUAAAUUCCUUAAGGGAAGGUCUGAGGGAAUCUUGUUUAUCAAUGUACCUUUGUCUCUGAUUUCAUCUAUCAAUCUAACAGAAACUUAUACUUAACUCUGAAAGAAUUUUAAUACAAAUAAUUUCUUUUAAAUUAUAACUCUAUAUUAAGAACUUAAAACCAAUUUGUAAUAUUCCUACAUAUGAAAAUAUAUUGCAUAAAUGUAUAUAUUUCUUUAUUUUGGGAUAUAUAGUGUGAACAAUGCUCAGGUAUGCUGAAAAGUUUUACUCACUUGAAUUUAGAAUACAUUUUGUAUCUCAUGUUUGAAUGUGGAUGUGCCUGAAAUUUUGGAAAGUUGCAACAAUUUAUACAAAUAAUGAAGGCACAUAUAAAAAGUUACAUGUAGUAAGAAAAUUCUUGAGUAUCUAAUUUAAUAUUUUAUUUUGAGUAUGAACAUGUUUAUAAUAUUCAAGUCUGUGGCACAUAAUAGAAAUUAUAGCAAAUUAUGCUAGUGAAACAUUCAUAGUUCUACAGUGUGUGAUUAAAAGUUAUGCUAUUAAAAUUACAUUGCAAUA